CACGUGCAAAGGCCUCUUUCCACACACAGCAGUCGAACUAGGAAGUUCUCCCAAUAUUCCAGCCAACUAACUCUCGUGUUUGCCACGGGAUUUUGUGUCAGGCUUAGAAAUAAGAAAUCAAAAUAAGAAAGAAUCUGUCUUUUUUCUGUAAAGUGUCAGUGUUUUUAAAUUAGUCGGUUGAAUUUUAUUCGACAUGCCGGGUAAAGAAGUUCUUAACGGAGAAAGUUCGAGCGCCAAUGGAACGUCUGAAACGUUUCUUUUCACAUCGGAAUCGGUUGGAGAGGGGCAUCCAGACAAGCUCUGCGAUCAAGUUAGUGAUGCCAUUUUAGAUGCCCAUCUAGCACAAGAUCCAAACGCUAAAGUUGCUUGUGAAACUGUCAGCAAAACUGGCAUGGUAUUGGUCUGUGGUGAAAUCACCUCCCGUGCCAUUGUGGACUACCAAAAAGUUAUUCGUGAAACAGUCAAGCAGAUUGGAUAUGAUGACUCAUCCAAGGGAUUUGAUUACAAAACCUGCAAUGUUUUGGUUGCCUUAGAACAACAGUCUCCUAACAUUGCUAGUGGUGUACAUGUUGACAGGGACGAUGACAAUGUUGGAGCAGGUGAUCAAGGAUUGAUGUUUGGUUAUGCCACUGAUGAAACUGAAGAAUGCAUGCCUCUUACGGUCGUUCUCUCUCAUAAACUGAAUCAAAGGCUCUCAGAGCUGCGUCGCGAUGGCACUCUUUGGUGGGCUUGCCCGGAUACUAAAUCUCAAGUUACGUGCGAGUACUAUUUCGACAACGGAGCUUGCGUUCCCCUGCGUGUCCACACUGUUGUUAUCUCUACGCAGCAUUUGGCCAAGGCUUCACUGGAAGAAGUCCGCCGAGACGUAAUGGAGCACGUUAUCAAGGCCGUUAUACCCGCCAAAUACAUGGAUUCCAACACUAUUUUCCACAUCAACCCCUGCGGGCUGUUCAUUUAUGGUGGACCCAUGGGUGACGCUGGACUCACUGGUCGUAAAAUCAUUGUUGAUACUUACGGAGGUUGGGGUGCUCACGGCGGAGGUGCUUUCAGCGGUAAAGAUUACACCAAAGUGGAUCGCUCUGCUGCUUAUGCAGCUCGCUGGGUCGCGAAAUCUUUAGUCAAGGGUGGAAUUUGCCGCCGCUGCCUUGUUCAGGUGUCUUACGCUAUUGGUUUAGCGGAACCGCUCUCAAUCACUAUUUUCGAUUACGGCACAUCCAAGUACAGCCAAGGUGAGUUGCUCGCAAUUGUCAAGAAGAACUUUGACUUGAGGCCCGGUGCGAUCGCCAAAAGCCUCAACCUCAAGAACCCUAUCUACCAAAAAACUAGUACAUACGGCCACUUCGGGCGCGACAUAUUUACUUGGGAGCAGCCAAAAACUUUGAUUUUGUAAGACCUAACCUAAUGUCGACCACCAAUCUCCCACCCCUUAGCUAAACACUUGUCGUUUUUUUUUUUUUUUUUUUUUCUCUGCUUCCCAGUCCUUGUUGAGUCACUAGAAGAUCUUAUCCUUUCUCAGACCUGCUAUUCUGUUAUAAUUCUACAGUGUCUCAGUGUAGGGGUUUCUUUGUCGGUAGCAGAAAUUUGAGACAAGUCUCUUUUCUUUAAAAAAAAGCUGUCGACACCAUCUCAUGAUAUUAUUUGGAGGUGGUGUACAGCGAAAUGGAAUCAAGUGUCUACCUGCUGCCGACUAGACGAUCUCGCUGCGAAUGUACGCCUUAUAUUUACUAUUAUCAAUCCUUUUUUUUUCAUUACCAGUCUUCUUUUUUCUAACGGCGUACGUUUGUGUUGUGUUUCCAAAAAUUCGUCCAUGGAAAAGAGCACUUUUUGGAGACACUCCGAUGCUGUAGAGUUGCACCUUCUUCAAAUAUUAUUGCUACUACACUAAAAAGUUCUUAUAAUGUGUGUCUUCUGUCCAACAUCUAUUCUGUUUGACGGGCGGGGCCAUUUGACAUACCCAACUUUUUUCGUCUUUUGAAUUUUCUUUCCCUAUUUUUCGUAUAAAGAUUUUGUAGACUUUUUGUUUGUUUUCUCAAUCAGGGAAUGAUAUCAUUUGCCACUCCUUUAAACGAAUGGAAUAAUGACCCUUCGUUUCUGUUUUUUUUUUUUAAUUAGUGCGGUUUGAAUGUAUCUAGCGCCGCGCCUAUUACGUAUAUUUUGUAAGGUGAGGGCCGGUAUGAAACGAAAAUCAAUAAACAAUGGUCACCAAAAAGAAAAA